AUGAUCGUGUUGUUGCCCUCACACGAGUUUGCAGGAGCUAAAAUAACAUUCCAAGAAUUACAGGCCUUCAACACCUCCUUUGUUUUAGUGACGGAGGUGGUCAGUGGCAUUAAGGGUUGGGCUGCUGCUGCCAUUGAGAAUUUCAGGAAGUGCCUGAUCCAGCUUUUCACCGGAGCCCUCUCAGAAAACUUCAACGCUACAUCGGAGCGACCGGGGAUCACCGCCGAGAGCCAGACCGGCGAGAUGUCCGCCAUCGCCGCCCGCAUCCCGCUCGGAACCAGCUCCAUGAAGUCCGACGACUCCCCGACCGAGUGCGGCUCCUUCGCUCAGCUGCCGGACAACAAAAUCCUCAAUUGUCCAUGUAGCGAAGUGUUGUUUUUGGGAUAUUUUUGCGUGGCCCGGACGGAAGAUGCUGAGAUCUGGGGGCGCAGACGGUCACAGACGGACUUGGAGAUGAGGAGACAAAGAAGGACGACGUAUUCAUGA